UCCAGUCUUUCAGUCAAGAGCAGACUUACAGCAAUCCAUUGUAUGGUUUAGAAACUAUUUUUGCUUUGUAGUAUUUUAUGUAAACGUGCACCAAGAAGUUGAACGAUUUGAACCAACCAAACAGACAGCAAUAGUCAAGGGGUUUUGAUCCUCACCAUCAACGUAACAUGUCUAGGAAGAGCAGCAUCACUCAGACAGGGCCAACCAAAGUGGAAGUGGGGUCCGAAAUUAUGACUAUCAGGGGCAACAGAGUGGUGCUGGAUAAUUCCAUUGGCCCAGCAGAGAUUGUAAUAUUUGAUGGCAAAAUAAGUAAUGUUUUCCCAAAGUGAAUCUGGGCCAGACCCAAUCUUGAGAAGAUACUCGAUGUUGGGGAUCUUGUGGUCAUGCCCGGGAUAAUAGACCCCCAUGUACAUAUCUGUGAGCCUGGAUGCCCAGCAAGUGAGGGAUUUACACAUGUGACUAAGGCUGCAGCUGCAGGAGGCAUCACCACCAUUGUUGACAUGCCACUGCAUUGCAAUCCUCCAACCACAACCUUAUCUGUCCUUGAUUCCAAAAUCCAGUUUGCCAAGGGCCAAUGCCAUAUUGACGUUGCCUUCUGGGGUGGCAUAAUUCCUGGAAAUCAGGCUGAACUCCUACCAAUGCUGAAGGCUGGUGUGCCUGGAUUUCAGUGCUUCUUGAUGGCCACUGGUGUGGAAGAUUUUUCCCAUCUGAGUCUGCAUGAUUUACAUGCAGCAAUGAAUGAACUACAAGACACAAACUGUAUGCUUCUGUUUCAUGCAGAACAGGAGCCAAGCCAAUGGAGGCCUAUCCAAGAGGGUAUGUACAAUAUAGUAUGUAAGUAUAGUUCCUUUUUCCUUUACUCCAUCAAAUAUGUUUGCAAGAAGACUUGGGUGCAUUUAUUAUACCUACCCUCAUUUAUCCCCUUCAUGGAUCACU